UUGACUCCACACACCAGAGGAAGUAUCUACACGACACUAUUUAGGAAAGGAACAACUUCAACCCAAGCAUGGACAGCAGGCUUGAUUCUGGCAGGCCAAAUGAUGAUGAGGUCAGGAUUGUGAUAGUGGGGAAGACUGGAACUGGAAAGAGUGCUACUGGAAACACUAUUCUGGGUCGUGAAUGCUUUGAGUCCAGAUUCAGUGCCGUGUCUAUGACUGAAGAGUGUUCAAAAGGCAAAGUUAAAGUGGAUGGGCAGCAGAUUGCUGUCAUUGACACCCCGGGGCUGUUUGAUACCAGGUUCGAUAAGGAGAGAACUACUAAAAAUAUAUGCCAGUGCAUCUCCUAUGCUUCUCCAGGGCCCCAUAUCUUCUUGGUGGUCGUCAGACUGGGCAGAUACACUGAAGAGGAAAAACAGACGGUGCAAAAUAUUCAAAAAAUCUUUGGCCACGCAGCAGACAAAUACAGCAUGGUUCUCUUUACCCAUGGGGACCAACUUGAAGGCACCACUAUGGAAGAGUUCUUAGAAGAAAGCCCAGACCUGCAGGAACUCGUGGCCAGAUGUAAUGGUCAGUACCACGUCUUCAAUAAUAAACUGAAGGAGCACUCUCAGGUCACUGAGCUGAUCCAGAAGAUCAGAGAGAUAGUCCAGAAGAACGGAGGAAGUCACUACACCAACGAGAUGUUCCAAGAGGCUGAGAGGGCGAUUGAAGAGGAGAAACAACGCAUCCUGAGAGAGAAAGAAGAAGAAAUACGAGAAAAAAUUGAAAAAAUGGAGAGAGAAAUACAGGAAAGAUAUAAGAAACAGAUGCAGAAAUACAACGAACAACUCCAGGCUGAGAGAGAGACGGAGAGGGAGGAGAGAGAAUGGGAGAUGAAGAAAUUAAAGGAGAAGUGUGAGAGAGAACUGGAGGAAGAAAGACACAAGAUUCAGUCCUGGUGUCAAAAUGAGGCCAGAGAUGAAGCUGAGGAGUUUAAUCCAUUAUAUCAUCUGAUACGAAUCGGAGACGUAGUUGCCGAUGCUGGCAGGAGGAUUUUUGAAGAAAUCAAACAACUGGAAAGGGCAAUUUUUAGCCUGUUCAAAUAAAAACAUGAACAUCACAGAAGUGUUGGUAGUAGAGUAGUAUAGUAUAGUCUCACACUGCCAUCUACUGUUCUUUUAUAUUUUUUAAUGCAAGAUCUUAGUUCAACACAGGUUAAAAAUGUGUAUUAGUAACAUUAAAUAAAGAAACACACAAUGUUUGAUUAUCAGUGACUUCUGUUUUCCGUUUAGAAAUUCAAUUUGAACUAAUGCUCUUGUUUAUUUGUUUUCUGCAUAUAAAUAUUAACUACAAUGCAGAAAACAAAUAACCAGAUUUUAUUGUAAUCUUUCUAUCAUUGAUUUAGUUUUCACUUUGUCAACAAGGUAUUUUCUUUUAAUGGAUUUUGUUGCUGAGUUAUGUUUAAAUGCUGAGCUGAACUUGAAGUAAAGAUAUGAUGAUAAAAUUAAACCCCAGAAAGUUGAUUCUGUUCAUCUGAACGUAGUGUUUUCACUGGGAGAAACAUUUCGUCACUCAUCCAAGUGACUUCUUCAUUCUCACACGAAUGCAGAUUUCCCCAAAUGAAACUAGCACCUCUGUGAAAUUAAAGUAAACCUUUUUGUGAAGCAAAACAUUUCUGUCCACUUGGAGUCUAACACUGAAUAAACUCUGGACACCCUGAAUCAGUCAAAUUUAUAUUGAAUGCUUUUCUUUUCCGUCUCACUGUAAGCUACUGUGUGUUUUAGCCAGUUUUACAGCUUUCUUCGUUUUCUUUGUUUGGUUUUGCAACAGUAUCUGUUUUUGUGUGGAUAGCCAGUAUGUAUUCUAUAAUGCAAAUUUUUACAAAGUUUCUAAUUUCAAUGAUCUGUUGAAACCAAACUUGAGGAAAAAAUGAUCAGUAAUAAUUUAAUAAAUAAUCUUGGACUGACUAUGAAGAAAGUUGUAUCUUUGUUUUAGAGGGACAAAGGUGAAGAAGUGGUGUUUUUUACUGUACUUUAUGACACUUUACUCAUUUUUGUUGUUUCCAAUUGAUGGUGCUCUGCUCUGUAUUCCACUUCAA